CUCAACAACCUUGUAGCAAGUUAUCAACAAGCCGUUGUGUCAACAAGCUGGGAACAAGCAGUGCGAACACAUCCUGAUGACAAGUUGUUGGAACAGCAUUGCUACAAGUCUGCUGCAGGUUUGUUACAACUUGUGCGUUUUUACGCGCGUACUAUAAGGCUUCCUUGCGUAUUUUCAGGUAUUUGACCUACUUAUGGAUGGAACGGACUUGACAACGAAAGUUGCUGAAAAUACUCAAUUAUUCAGAAGUAAAAUGACUAAGGCGGGCUUCACCAUUGCUGUGAGUGUUUAGAAACUAACUGAUAAUAGUAAUUAAGUCUGUUUGACAAAAACAAACUCAAAAGUUGUUUAUUACCAGCGUAUAAAACUGUAUUUUUUGCUUGUGAAACUCAUUAAUAAUUGAUGAAGAAAGGUGAAGGAGUUUGUAUAUCUGAUACAAAAUCAUGCUGAUUUACAUAAACUUUAAGUUCAAUUUUCUCACCAAAUAUAUCAUUCAUUUAUUUUAAAUUGUUGAAGAAUACGAAUGUUUCACAAGCCAUUUACAACAUUCGCCUCUGCACAUGUUGUAUCGGAUAUACAAACUGAUACAACUGCACGGCCGCUCAUGUUGUAAAUAGUACUCAAAAAUAUUUUUCUGUUAGGGUGAGGACCAUCCAAUUUGCCCCGUGAUGCUGGGCGAUGCACGGUUAGCAGUCGAGUUUGCUGAUGAAAUGCUAAGUGAGUUAUUAUAUUAACAUGCGGAGUAUAUUUCACGUACCUUAUGAAUGUCUGUCUGUUAAAUCUGUAUUUGUGUUCCCUGUGGUACUCACUGUAUGCUUACAGGACUUGCAUUUUUCAGAGAGAGAUAUAUAUGUGAUUGGAUUUACAUUUCCAGUUGUUCCUGUUGGUAAGUAUAUUGACUAGUGGUAACGGCAGUGUUAUAACGAGCCGAUGUUAUAUCAGUUCUAAACUGUUUUCUCUAGAGGUUCAGUAAGGAUCAUCUCUUAUUGAUCAAAUGUUACUACAGGAGGAAACCUAAACUAAACUAGCUUUGUUUGUACUGGAUAGCUAUAUCAGUUCUAAUUAUAAACUGUUCUCCGUAGAGGUCCAGUGAGGAUCAUCUCUCAUUUAUCCAGUGUUACUACAGGAGGAAACAUAAACGAAACUAACUUUAUUUAUACUGGAUAACUAGUUCUAUAACUGUAUAAGUUCUAAGGAUCGUUUCUUAUUCGUCCGGUGUUACUUCAAACGGAAAUCAUAGUACGAGACUCUGUAGUUCAGCGUAAUAAGACAUAUUUUGUUUUUACUCUCCAAGGUAAAUCUCGUAUUAGAGUGCAGAUAUCAGCGUCACACAGUCAUGAAGACAUUGAACAAUGUACAAAUGCUUUUAUCGAAGUUGGACGGGCAAAAGGAGUAAUUAACUAAGACUUCAACAACUUUGUGGACGUUUACACAUAAGUACCUGUAUUAGUAUAAUAUAGUAUGUAGUACAUACGGUAUAUGUAUAGGCCAUGAUAUAUAUAAAUUUAAAUUAUACCAAAUUGACCCAUGCUUCGAGGAGCCUGCAUGUCAGAAGUUCUACCUUUGGCGGAACACCCGAAAUGCGGGCUAGGCUAAGGCCGUUUUCUAUAUACAAUAAAUGUGUAUGUAUUUAAUUGGUUUACAUUUCAAAUAGCUCAGUAAAUUUGAAAUGGAAUUAACUUACGUAAUGUUAUUUAUGUAUUCUUAGUCUUGUGAGGAGAUUUAGUGCGUGUGUGUGCAAUGAUAUAAAAACAACCAGUUUAUGCCUGAAUGUAUUUUUCAUCAGAGUCGAGUGCCUGGUUGCCUAGGAAACCAUCACUCGUUUCCUGUUUCUUUUGUGGUAGCGCGUACUUCAAUUGUUGCCAGAACCAUUUGCUCUGAACACUGAGAUACGUGUUGGUCUUCAAAUACAACUUCAACUCAUCAUCCAAGCUGUCGACAUUGACGUCGUCAAAAAGUACGAUUAUGAGAUAGUUCGUGCGACCUUUCAAAACCCUGCGAUGUGCCGCCCGGAAUUCCAGCAUACACCAUUCGCUUUGAAUAAAAUUUCGCGACAAAACCAUUAUCAUACGCCGGCUUUUCUUGACACUCUCCAGGAUAGUCUCGGCGAUUGGUGCCCCCGGGAUAAAGUCCCGAUAGUGGAUGCAUAAUUUAUACGAUGGAUGAUGAUUUUCGAGUUUAUUCUGCAGUGUUUCCAUCACCCAUCGUUUGUCGCACAUGUUGAAUGACACAAACGCGUCGUAGACUUUCGAUGGGUCGGAAUCGUCGACACGAUCAAACGGGUGCCAAUCAAAACGAGUAUACAAUACAAGUUUAAGUUCUUUACGAAAUCGAUAAAUUAAUGCAACCAUUACGAGAAGCGUGAAUAGAAAUCCCGCCAAAACGUAAGCAGAGAUGGCUUUGAUCUCAUUAACAUUAUAGCCGUUUGGUUUGACUGUUUCUGUGCAAACAAAAUCCGUAUCUUUGACAGAAACUAACGGUUUUGCUUGAUUCAUACCACCCGAGCUACAAGCCACACUUUCCGCACCGCCGACAAACGCUUUGCUUUGCUGUUUCAACCAACUUUUCAUCCAGCGAUUCUCACAGCCGCACGUGAAAAAGUUAUUCUGUAAGUUUAUCCUCGAUAGAGUGAAAUUUCGAAAACCGUUGGGGAGUGUUGUUAGCUUGUUUGAAUCCAAAUAGAUUUCGUUUAAUUUCGAAGGGAAAUGCUUUAAAGUAAGGGAAACGCGUUGUAGCUUGUUAUGACUUGCAUAAAGCGAGGUAACGUUUUCCGUGUUUUUUGAAAAAGUUAAGUUUUCGAUUUGGUUGUAUUCCAAACGUAAUUCAACCAUACCGUUUGGAAGUAUGCUGGGUAGCAUCGUCAGGUUUCGUCUCCGACAGUCUACGAGCGUCACAGAGUCGGAAUCGCUUCGGUAGCAAGUACAACGUUUGGGGCAUUUACCGCAACGCCUUUCGCAUCUUAAGUCUUUCGAUGGGACGUUUAAAAUUUUCAUUCCACGUAAUUCCGGUGGUGUGUGACAUACCCAACUUUCAAAAUCCUUCUCAGUGAUCUCAGUGUUUCCUUUUGUCCAAUUUAAAAGCUUUAUUUGCAAUUCACGCGUCUUGCAAUCACAAUGAAGUGGGUUUCCCGUUAAACUUAUCGUAAAAACUUUUAAAAUGAACUCGAGUGUUAUCAAUCUUGUUUUAUUGAAUUCCGUCAAGUCGAAACGUUCAAUGGCGUUGCGUUCGAGAUUGAGAAUUUUUUCAUUUCGAAAAUUUAUUGGUGUAUCGAUAGAACUUCCUGAAUUGGUGUGAACAUAUAAAAAGUCAGGCAUAAAAAUUCUAUCAACUGUCCUUACAAAGCCCGCAAAGUCUAUCCCAUUUUCAGAAAUGUCGUAAGUCUUCAAAUUUCGAACGUAGAAACCAAACUGCGGCACUUCGCGCAAUUUAUUCUUGCGCAAAUUAAUUUUCUUCAACGCAUUAAGCACGCUACGGGGAAAAGCGCGCGCUUCGAUAACACGCAACAGAUUAUUUUCAAACUCAAUCGCUUCUAAGUUCACCAGUUUGUCCGACAGAAAACCAUUUUGUAUCGUGUGAAUAUAGUUGUGCCCGGCAUCCAAUUUUCGAAGAUUUGUCAAGUUCUCAAAAGUUUUCCCAUCCAACCAAGUGAGAUUGUUAUUUGCAAAGUUUACCGAGACGACAUCUGGUGUUUUUUCGAAAAUGCGCUCAGGAAUAUGGCUUAGUUUGUUCAAGCUUAAAUCGAUAACUUUUAAACCCGUUACUCCAUGAAACAUCGUCGAAUCAAUAGACUUCAGAUUGUCGCCACGUAUCGAAAUCUUAUCCAAACUACCCGAAGGAAUUUUGAAGUCGCGUAUUCCCGGAUUGAAGUGAACUGCGUAAAAGCGACGAUAUACAUGCGGAUUUAUUGUCGCCCCUUGCGAAUAAUACGCGUUCAUGGUGAAAGUACGGGACAAUUUUCUCGGCAGUUUCAAACUCCUGUUGCACCAUGGGAAAUCUGGUAGGGCUCUUAGGUCGUUUCCAGAUAACUCAAGUGACUGUAAAUACGGCAUUGUUGUUUUCAAAAUAUUCACAGUUGAUCCUAACCGUAUUUUACUCAACUGAAUUUCGGCCAUUUUUUCCCAAAUAUAGGACAAAAACAUACGGGGUAUUGUCUUGUUUUUCAAAUUGCGUAAAGUCAAUGUCCCGAUAUUAAAUAAGCCUUGUAAAUCAUCCUUCGUUUCGCCGUUGUCUUGUAGAAUGACGUCAUCCAUUAAAUACAACACCCGCAAGUCCGCAGCUCGUCCCCAGACUGCCAGAUCUGCGCCGGUCACACGGCAAUGACGGAAGAUAGUAAGAUAUAAAAUGACAUCAUUCGCAGUAAAAUUCUCCGCUCGGCAGAAAGACAUCCUUGCCGGGCUGUGGCAUACACAACCGAUUUGAUGUACUGCUACACUAGAUUGUUCGGAUUUUUGUACUGACCUUUUUAAAAUGUCCCCAACAUUCAAAUUCAACGAACACUCUUCUCUGGGAUCCUCCGAUGAUACUACCAAAAAAAACAUUCGCGUGUUAACAAAAUGUUUUUUGGUAACUUUAAAUAAAGGCCCUUGCGUUCCGUGUUUGUAUGAAACAUGGCAUUUAUUUGUAGUGCCUUUGCGAUUGUUUGAACAUCUGUCUGCUAACGAAUUUGCCAAAUUAGACACGGAAAGUACAAGCCAAAUCACACGACACAACAUUCUUGCGCAUUUAAAAGACUCUUUGCGGCCUCUUCCUUGUUGACGAGUCGCUCGCUAGUUGCAAAUGAAACUCCUGUAGUUGCGAAUGAAUAUUGGGCCGCUAAGGGGAAUUUCCUGUGAGCAAACACAGAAGGUACAUAAGGAAACCAGAAAUGUAAAUGCGGAAUCGGAAAUGAACUGCUGUUCCGGCCUAGUGGUCCAUUAGUCAUUACGAUUCGGAGUUACCAUCGGAGACAAUCUCGAAGUUGAACUGGGGGAGAGGGGGUAACAACAUUAAACUGCGGAGAGGGGUCGUCAAUAUCAUCAAUACCAAGAUAUGUUUAGAAGAUGCCGUUGAACUGUUUGUGCCAGUAUAGGUAGUGGCAAUAAUAAGAAAGCAUCGGCUGGAUAGGGAUACAACUCCCUGAAAAAUACAAGGAGAACUUCGACGUUUCGAGCGAAGGCUCUUCGUCGGCCCUUUUAUUUUUCCGAGGUAGUUGCAUUCCUAUCAAUCCGAUGCUUUCUUAAUAAUUCAAUGGUUCCUGACCACUCCAGGUUACAGAGUCCAUGUUUUCACCAGUUCCAACUUUGAUACCGGGUCACAUUGUUGGCACAGUGUCAACUGUCAACCUCAACAAGCCAAGCAGACAGCCAGUAUUUGCCCAGCGCUUAUCUAAGAUUUAGAGCUCAGUUUACGAGCUUUCUGGGUUCUCGGAAAUACUUGCACAUUCUGAGAAAGAACCUGUGAGUUGUCCUCAAAAAUGCUGGAUGUCUUAAACAGGCAAGAAGAUCUACCCUACAUAAAUUCCGCUUAUUAUGCAAACAGUUCGAUAGCCCGUACUACAGCUCAGUACAAAAGCUAAUAACCGCAGGAGCCUACAUAUCAAAGAAAAUAAAAACAAGGAAAGAAAAGCGAACAAGCACAUGCUUUCAAUUCCAUAAAUAUUUCUAAUUAGUAUCUGUCGAUCAGUGUGAUAUUUAUAAAUUGUCGAAACUACAGAGGCCAGUUGUUGUGUAUAGACUUCCAAUUCGUAAAACAAUUCCUCGUAAAUAUUCUACAGGGCAUUGUCCGAUUUUGGUUUUAUAUUUCGGUUUUCGUAAUUACUCCAUAUGGGAAAAAAAAAUUGUUGGAAUAUGUGUAAUUCCAUGUAUUUAAAACUAGUCUAUACUGAAUUCAAACGAAGUUUUAUAACUUGGGAAUGGUAUAGUUAUAUUUUAAAUUAUAUCAAGAUUUUUCGUUUGCAGUGAAGAAGAGUAUAACUAAAUAUGACAAAAUGGACAUACAAUAUGGGUGCGAUUAUGAUACAAAUUAGGCUAGAUCCAGAUGAUUCUUCUGGAUUUUUGCCAUGAUAUUGCAUGAUCCAGAAAUUUCGAAACAGCGCAAUAAAGUGCGUACGUUGCAGCUUUGCCGAAACGAAAAUCUGAUAUUAGCUCUCUAUACUAUAAAAACUUGAAAUGAAAAAAAAAACACGUUAAUAAAUAUUCGAGUGUUUAUUUUGGAAACCACACCAAUCACAUGUUGCCAGGCAAGAAACCCGACCCUAUACCUACAAUCUUGGACAUAACUAGUUCAGACUAUUUUCGCCCGAUUUACAAACAUUGAUUAAACAUUCGUUUCUUUUGAAUUUUCUUCAUGAAUUAUUAACGAGUUUUUGAAUGUCAUUUUAAAUUUCCCAGGUGGAUAUACGACAGGUUCAAAAGAGUUGAUCGCACUUUUACGUCAGAAAUCUCGACCCUAUCUUUUCUCAAUCACUCUGCCUCCUCCCGUAGUGGCCGGAGCGAGUAAGGUCAGGACGUAUAAUAUUUUGUUGAUUUGGUUCUUUUUGCUUUUCAUGUCAGUUUUUUUCAAUUCAUGAUUUCACAUUCGUUUUUUUACAUGUUUUCGUGAUGUUAAGUUUGUUGUGUGUGUGUGUGUUUUUUGGUCAGUAAGGAUAACCCUAAAGCUAUACACACGAAAAAAUCUCACAACUUGUCAACUUAAGAUGUGGGAGUUUGCAACAGGCCUGUAGUAAGCUUGUCAACAAUGCUGUUAUUUCAUCAAGUUGCUACAAGGUUGUCACUCACAACUUGUCAACAAAUUGUUGAAAUUGUUGAAUUGCAGGGCUGGUUGUAUAAAACUCUUAAUCACUUUUUUAAUCACUAUUUUGUAGUUAUAGUGAUUAACUCUCAAAUACGCGCUUCUUAUUGGAUGACAUUUCCACUUAACUAUCGUUAACUUUAAUCACUUUUUUAUACAACGGACCCCAGAGGACGACAACAAGUUGUUGGAACAACUUGUAACAAGUCUGUUGAGCUCAACAACCUUGUAGCAAGUUGUCAACAAGUCGUUGACAACUCGUCAACAAGCUGGGAACAAGCAGUGCGAACACAUCGUAUUUACAAGUUGUUGGCAGGAAUAGCAUUGCUACAAAUCUGCUGCAGGUUUGUUACAACUUGUACGUUUUUAAGAUUUCCAUGCGUAUUUCAGGUAUUUGACCUACUUAUGGAUGGAACGGACUUGACAACGAAAGUUGCUGAAAACACUCAAUUAUUCAGAAGUAAAAUGACUGAGGCGGGCUUUACCAUUGCUGUGAGUGUUUACAAACUAAUUGAUAAUAGUAAUUAAGUCUGUUUGACAAAAACAAACUCGAAAGUCGUUUAUUACCAGCGUAUAAAACUGUAUUUUUUUAUAUAUCUGAUACAAAAUCAUGCUGAUUCAUAUAAACUUUAAGUUCAAUUUUCUCACCAAAUAUCAUUCAUUUAUUUUAAAUUGUUGAAGAAUACGAAUGUUCUCAUCAAGACAAUUCACAAGCCAUUUACAAGAUUCGCGUCUGUGUUGCAAAUAGUACUCAAAAAUAUUUUUCUGUUAGGGUGAGGACCAUCCAAUUUGUCCCGUGACGCUGGGCGAUGCACGGUUAGCAGUCGAGUUUGCUGAUGAAAUGCUAAGUGAGUUAUUAUGUUAACAUGCAAAGUAUAUUUCACAUACCUUAUGAAUAUCUAUCUGUUAAAUCUGUAUUUGUUUUCCCUGUGGUACUGACUGUAUGCUUACUGGACUUACAUUUUUUUCAGAGAGAGAGAUAUAUGUGAUUGGAUUUACAUUUCCAGUUGUCCCUGUUGGUAAGUAUAUUGACUAGUGGUAACGGCAGUGUUAUAACGAGCCGAUGUUAUGUCAGUUCUAAACUGUUUUCUCUAGAGGUUCAGUAAGGAUCAUCUCUUAUUGAUCCAGUGUUACUACAGGAGGAAACCUAAACUAAACUAACUUUGUUUAUACUGGAUAGCUCUAUCAGUUCUAAAUUUUUCUCACUAGAGGUCCAGUAAGGAUCAUCUCUUAUUGAUCCAAUGUGUUACUACAGAGUACAGGAGGAAAUCAAAACUAAACUAACUUUAUUUAUAUUGGAUAGCUCUAUCAGUUCUAAACUGUUCUUCCUAGAGGUUCAGUAAGGAUCAUCUCUUAUUGAUCCAGUGUUUCUACUGGGGGAAACCUAAACUAAACUAAUUUUAUUUAUAAUACUGGAUAGUUCUAUCAGUUCUAAACUGUUCUUCCUAGAGGUUCAGUAAGGAUCAUCUCUUAUUGAUCCAGUGUUACUACAGGAGGAAACCUAAACUAAACUAACUUUAUUUAUACUGGAUAGCUCUAUCAGUUCUAAACUGUUCUUCCUAGAGGUCCAGUAAGGAUCAUCUCUUAUUGAUCCAAUGUGUUACUACAGAGUACAGGAGGAAAUCAAAACUAAACUAACUUUAUUUAUAUUGGAUAGCUCUAUCAGUUCUAAACUGUUCUUCCUAGAGGUUCAGUAAGGAUCAUCUCUUAUUGAUCCAGUGUUUCUACUGGGGGAAACCUAAACUAAACUAAUUUUAUUUAUAAUACUGGAUAGUUCUAUCAGUUCUAAACUGUUCUUCCUAGAGGUUCAGUAAGGAUCAUCUCUUAUUGAUCCAGUGUUACUACAGGAGCCGAGGAAACCUAAACUAAACUAACUUUGUUUGUACUGGAUAUAGCUUUAUAAGUUCUAAACUGUUCUUCUUAGAGGUCCAGUAAGGAUCGUCUCUUAUUCGUCUGGUGUUACUUCAAACGGAAUCAUAGUACGAGACCCUGUAGUUCAGUGUAAUAAGACAUAUUUUGUUUUUACUCUCCAAGGUAAAUCUCGUAUCAGAGUGCAGAUAUCAGCGUCACACAGUCACGAAGACAUUGAACAAUGUACAAAUGCUUUUAUUGAAGUUGGACGAGCGAAAGGGGUGAUUAACUAAGACUUCAACAUCUUUGUGGGCGUUUACAGAUAAGUACCUGUAUUAGUAUAAUAUAGUAUACAAAAUUUAACAACUUACAGUAUACAGGUGGAAUAUAUAUGAAUUUAAAUUAUACCGAAUUGACCCAUGCUCCGAGCAGCCUGUAUGUCAGAAGUUCUACCCGCGGCAAAACACCCGAAAUGCGGGCUAGGCUAAGGACAUUUUCUAUAUACAAUAAAUGUGUAUGUAUUUAAUUGGUUUACAUUUCAAAUAGCUCAGUGAAUUUGAAAUGGAACUUACUUAAUGUUAUUUAUGUAUUCUUAGUCUUGUGAAGAGAUUUAGUGCGUGUGUGCAAUGAUAUAAAAACAACCAGUUUAUGCCUGAAUGUAUUUUUCAUCAGAGUCGAGUGCCUGGUUGCCUAGGAAACCAUCACUCGUUUCCUGUUUCUUUUGUGGUAGCGCGUACUUCAAUUGUUGCCAGAACCAUUUGCUCUGAACACUGAGAUACGUGUUGGUCUUCAAAUACAACUUCAACUCAUCGUCCAAGCUGUCGACAUUCACGUCGUCAAAAAGUACGAUUAUGAGAUAGUUCGUGCGACCUUUUAAAACCCUGCGAUGCGCCGCCCGGAAUUCCAACAUACACCAUUCGCUUUGAAUAAAAUUUCGCGACAAAACCAUUAUCAUACGCCGGCUUUUCUUGACACUCUCCAGGAUAGUCUCGGCGAUUGGUGCCCCCGGGAUAAAGUCUCGGUAGUGGAUGCAUAAUUUAUACGAUGGAUGAUGAUUUUCGAGUUUAUUCUGCAGAGUGUCCAUCACCCAUUGUUUGUCGCGCAUGUUGAAUGACACAAACGCGUCGUAGACUUUCGAUGGGUCGGAAUCGUCGACACGAUCAAACGGGUGCCAAUCAAAACGAGUGUACAAUACAAGUUUAAGUUCUUUACGAAAUCGAUAAAUUAAUGCAACCAUUACGAGAAGCGUGAAUAGAAAUCCCGCCAAAACGUAAGCAGAGAUGGCUUUGAUCUCAUUAACAUUAUAGCCGUUUGGUUUGACUGUUUCUGUGCAAACAAAAUCCGUAUCUUUGACAGAAACUAACGGUUUUGCUUGAUUCAUACCACCCGAGCUACAAGCCACACUUUCCGCACCGCCGACAAACGCUUUGCUUUGCUGUUUCAACCAACUUUUCAUCCAGCGAUUCUCACAGCCGCACGUGAAAAAGUUAUUCUGUAAGUUUAUCCUCGAUAGAGUGAAAUUUCGAAAACCGUUGGGGAGUGUUGUUAGCUUGUUUGAAUCCAAAUAGAUUUCGUUUAAUUUCGAAGGGAAAUGCUUUAAAGUAAGGGAAACGCGUUGUAGCUUGUUAUGACUUGCAUAAAGCGAGGUAACGUUUUCCGUGUUUUUUGAAAAAGUUAAGUUUUCGAUUUGGUUGUAUUCCAAACGUAAUUCAACCAUACCGUUUGGAAGUAUGCUGGGUAGCAUCGUCAGGUUUCGUCUCCGACAGUCUACGAGCGUCACAGAGUCGGAAUCGCUUCGGUAGCAAGUACAACGUUUGGGGCAUUUACCGCAACGCCUUUCGCAUCUUAAGUCUUUCGAUGGGACGUUUAAAAUUUUCAUUCCACGUAAUUCCGGUGGUGUGUGACAUACCCAACUUUCAAAAUCCUUCUCAGUGAUCUCAGUGUUUCCUUUUGUCCAAUUUAAAAGCUUUAUUUGCAAUUCACGCGUCUUGCAAUCACAAUGAAGUGGGUUUCCCGUUAAACUUAUCGUAAAAACUUUUAAAAUGAACUCGAGUGUUAUCAAUCUUGUUUUAUUGAAUUCCGUCAAGUCGAAACGUUCAAUGGCGUUGCGUUCGAGAUUGAGAAUUUUUUUAUUUCGAAAAUUUAUUGAUGAUUCAUACGGAGAUCGCGUAUCGAUAGAACUUUCUGAAUCGGUGUGAACGUAUAAAAAGUCGGGCAUAAAAACUGCAUCAACUGUUUUCACAAAGCCCGCAAAGUCUAUCCCGUUUUCAGAAAUGUCGUAAGUCUCCAGAUUUCGAACGUAGAAACCAAACUGCGGCACUUCGCGAAAUUUAUUCUUGCGGAAAUUAAUUUUCUUCAACGCGUUAAACACGCUACGUGGAAAAGCGCGCGCUUCGAUAACGCGCAACAGAUUAUUUUCAAAAUCAAUCGCUUCUAAGUUCACCAGUUUGUCCGACAGAAAACCAUUUUGUAUCGUGUGAAUAUAGUUGUGCCCGGCAUCCAAUUUUCGAAGAUUUGUCAAGUUCUCAAAAGUUUUCCCAUCCAACCAAGUGAGAUUGUUAUUUGCAAAGUUUACCGAGACGAUAUCGGGUGUUUUUUCGAAAAUGCGCUCAGGAAUAUGGCUUAGUUUGUUCAAGCUUAAAUCGAUAACUUUUAAACCCGUUAUUCCGUGAAACAUCGUCGAUUCAAUAGACUUCAGAUUGUCGCCACGUAUCGAAAUCUUAUCUAAACUACCAGAAGGAAUUUUGAAGUCGUCUAUUCCGGGAUUAAAG